GAUGUGGGCGGAAGUAGGAAAACACAUAUACAGCUAGCUCUACUCUCCAAAUUUUCUAUAUUUAACGUGGACGUUUACAUUAAAUGUGUAGCGAUUGAGUUACUGUGACGUACCUACCUGCCAUUCAAAAAUUGGACGUGUGACAGAAAUCCUGGUGACCACUCAGUGAAUUAUGUUGAGGAUAAAAUCAUCCCUUGUGUGUCUUGGAAGACUCAAGUCCGGAAACUUGAAGCCAGCCAGACAGAAAUUCUUGAAGUCAUACAGCAGUGGAGCCAGAACGUCAGGAGGAGGUGGCCAGAGAUGGAGAACUCAAAUCGUGUGCGCAUUAGGAGGUGGACUGGCCGUUGGGGUUGGACUAGUAGCCAGUCUAUGGUAUUCGCGUUCUCGUAAGGUUGCGCUCGUGGGUCUUGAGGAGGCUGCAUGUCACGAGAAACACAGAUGGAGAGGGAAGGAUGCGUCACCAUGGAGACAGGAGGUCGGUGCGGAGGCGGGACUCCAAGAAGCAGUGAGGAGGUCCAGAGAUUUGCUGCGUAGGGUCAAAGAUGAGGCGGGCUCACCAGGUAUUGUCGUGGCUGUGAGUGUCGACGGGAAACUGCUGUGGGCAGAGGGAAUGGGGUAUGCUGAUGUUGAAAAUCGUCUUCCGUGUACAAGUAAAAGCGUCCAUCGGAUAGCUAGCAUCAGUAAGUCGUUAACUAUGACGGCGGUCGCCAAACUCUGGGAGGAAGGAAAGCUGGAUCUGGACAAACCCAUACAGCACUAUGUACCAGAAUUCCCUGAGAAAGAGGUUGAUGGGAAAAAGGUCGAAAUAACCACAAGACAGUUGGUGUCCCACCUCGCGGGCAUCAGGCACUACAGCAAAGACUACAUAGAGAAGCUGGGGAACCAGACUGACAAAGAUGGUGCCUCCAAACUUGCCCAAGACUCCAAGACGUCUUCCAAGAAUGACAAAACCAACGAUGCCACCAAGACAAUGAACAAUAAUGGGGGAAAAGACACCAAAGAGACAGAGUUCUACGUGACAAAGGACUAUUCUUCGGUCGUCGACGCCCUGGAAUUGUUUAAAGAUGACCCGUUGAGGCAUAAACCAGGUAGCAAGUACUACUACACGACACACGGCUGGACGCUCGUGAGUGCCGUCGUGGAUGCAGCAGCGGACGAAGACUUCUUAGUGUACAUGAAGAAGAUUUUCAAGGACCUCGGCUUGACUCACACGGUCCCCGACGAAGCAAGUCCACUGAUCUACAACCGGGCGCGAGGCUACACCAAGAACAAAAAGGGAAGGCUGAUUAACGUGCCGGCAGUGAAUCUCUCCCACAAGUGGGCAGGCGGGGGCUUUUUGUCGGACGUCGGGGAUCUGGUUCAGUUUGGCAACGCAAUGCUAUACAGUUACCAGUACACUAACAAGCACAGGGAUGCAGGGCUUCUUCCAGGCUACCUAAAGCCAGAGACCAUGAAGGCGAUCUGGUCCCCUGUCCCCCUCGCCAAGUGUUCCUCGGGUACCAAUGGUGAGUACAUGUACGCCAUGGGGUGGCAGGUGCACGAGAGGGGCGAGCACCGAGGCUUCUGCCCCGAAAAGCACCAGAUGGUCUGGCACCUAGGAGGUGCUGUGGGAGCCAGCAGCGCGCUACUCGUGGUGAACCGGGGCAAACCGGACACUGUCAGCAAAAGCGAACCAGUUGCAGGGGACACCACGCAAGACGUCUCCGGACUUGGCGACGCUCCAAGUCCAAAUGACCUCUCUGAGAAAUGGGGUGUUUCAUCUUCACAUGAUUCUGUGUCUUUGCCAGAGGGAAUAGUUGUCGCCAUGAUUGUUAAUGUAGAUGACGUCAGCUUGUUCAAGGCAGCUGUUGAAAUUGCACAGGAGUUUCAAAAAGUACAUUGCUAACUUUGGGGCGAUUCCGUAAAUUCGGACUUACAUGUCAGACAGUUGAAUGAGCCUCUCUUGCUAGUGUAAAUGUGAUACAUUACUAUAUGACAUCUAGUGAAGAAAAAACAAUUACAGGCCAAACAAAUGUGCUACCACCUUUACAAUUUUGUAAAAUCAUGUGGUAGACGUACACAAAAUAGCUGGAAUUUAUGGAAUUGCUCUUUGACAACUAGAUGUUGUCUUACUUUUGGGUACAUUUAUUUUAACGCUUGAAGUAUCUAAAAUACAAAUCUUUUUUUAUUCUUGCACUUAAAUAUGGCACUCGUUUUAAAUUACUAACAUAAUUUUUACAAAUUUUAAUACGGUUUUAAAGGGAAACAACUUUUUAACAAUACAAUAUUAAAGCUGUACAUUUUAAAGAUGAGUGGUGUCCUCAAAUUCCGUCCACUCCAUUCUUUCAUUAAUCAAAUUAUGAGCCGGGAAUCGGAGGAAUACCUGUACAGCAUUUGGACGUUUCAUCACUGUUGCAUUUUGAUGAUAAUGCCUUCCAAUUUGUGCCUGACAAUUUAAAGUAAGUUUACUCAACGAAAAUAUAUUCUACAAUGUAUUGUUUUCCUUUGCACGUCAAAAACUAGGAAUAAAUUAACAGCUCCUUUGCUUAAUGGACGCUUUGCAUUACAACCAUCUUUGAGGUCUUCUUUUAUCUUAUAUUUAAGUAAACAUCUUGCGUAUUCAUAAUAAAAAGUGCCUCAAACAAGGCGUCUGGAUGCAAAUAAAGGGUCCUUACUUGCACAAAAUAGGGAUAACGUGAAGAUGUAAAAUUAAGGUAAUCAUUUAUCCUAAUGCCAAUACGGUGCUAACAGAUACAUGGAUUGUAACAUGAAUAUUUUUUUAAUGAUACAAAUGUUCAUAUUCUUACAAUGUCUAUCUUAUGUACGUGCCUAAGUACAAGGGACAGUCUGGGCAUCUGGUGUUUAAAGGGAAAUUUACG